AUGUCUUUGAAGACAUCUUCUGAUAUGAGAUGGCACCAUGAAAGACAAGUUGAGGACGGAGUGAUGAGGCAUCCAGCUGACUCUAAGGCUUGGAAAAACUUUAAUGAGCUACACGACAGCUUUGCCGAAGAGCCCCGAAAUGUUAGGCUCGGUCUUGCAAGUGAUGGUUUCCAGCCUUUCACAAAUUCAAAAGUUUCUUAUAGCAUAUGGCCCGUUUUACUUGUACCAUAUAAUUUACCACCAUGGAUGUGCAUGAAGCAAUCCAAUUUUAUUUUAUCUAUGCUCAUUCCUGGUCCAACUGGUCCUGGAGAUGCUAUUGACACCUACUUACAACCAUUGAUAGAAGAACUAAAGGAGUUGUGGGCCUCAGGCGUUCGAACAUAUGAUGUAUCUCUGAGACAGAAUUUCAUUUUACGUGCAGCACUAAUUUGGACUAUUAAUGAUUUUCCUGCUUAUGCAAAUUUAUCUGGAUGGAGCACUAAGGGGAAAUUAGCAUGUCCUUGUUGUAAUAAGCACACUCACUCUAUCAGGUUAAAAUAUGGAGGCAAGCAGAGCUAUAUGGGGCAUCGUCGCUAUCUUGAUGAAAAUCAUAGAUGGAGAAAGGAUAAGAAAUCAUUUGAUGGCACUAGGGAGAGAGGGUAUGCAGCGCCGAAGCUGACAAGAGAUGACAUCCUUAAGCAGGUGGAAGAUCUUAUAGGGAUCACCUUGACCAAUCAUCCAGAGAAGAAAAUUAAAAUAUCACACGAAAGACGGGGAGAUAAUUGGAAUAAAAAAAAUGUCAUGCAUAUUGAGAAGAAUAUUUGUGAUAGUCUGCUGGGAACAAUCAUGAACAUUAAAGGAAAGACAAAGGAUAAUAUCAAAGCCCGACUCGGUUUACAAGCAAUGAGUUUAAAACCGGAGUUACAUCCAAUUCAGAGAGGAGAUAAACUUGUGAUGCCAGCAGCUUGUUAUACUUUAUCCCAAGAAGAGCAAAGUAAAUUUUGUCGAUUUCUAAAGGAGUUAAAAGUUCCAGAUGGAUUUUCUUCCAAUAUUUCUCAAUGUGUAAACCUUAAAGAGCGUAAGAUUUUGGGGUUAAAGAGUCAUGACUGUCACGUUCUUUUGCAGCGCUUGAUUCCUGUAUCGAUUCGUGGCCUUCUUCCUGCAAAAGUGUGUGAACCAAUUAUUGAACUUUCCAUAUUCUUCACUAUAUUAUGUGCCAAAACAUUAAGGGUGGAUGAACUAAAGCAAAUUGACGAGCAGAUUCCACUUACAUUAUGUAAGCUUGAGAAGAUUUUUCCACCUUCAAUUUUUGAUGUUAUGCUGCAUUUAGUAGUUCAUUUAGCAUCUGAAGCCAUACUUGGAGGGCCUGUUCGAUUUCGAUGGAUGUACCCAGUGGAGCGUCAGCUUUAUACUUAUAAGUCAUAUAUCAGAAAUAGGGCACGUCCAGAAGGGGCAAUUGCUGAAGGAUAUAUAGCAGAUGAAUGCAUGACACUUUGCUCAAGGUAUCUAAAAGGCUUCGAGACAAAGUUUAAUCGCCUUGAAAGAAAUUAUAAAGAUGACAAUAAAGAAUGUCAUGAAGCACAACUAUCUAUAUUCAGACAUAGUGGGCGGGCAUUGGGUGCUGCCACCACCCGCUGCCUUGAUGAACGUGAGUGGUUGCAAGCUCAUAUUUUUGUUCUAAAGAACUGUGAUGAAGUGCAACCACACAUUGAGGACUACAAUGAAUUCGUGAGAGAACCCACAAAUCACUAUGAUGAUAAAGAUUGGGAUAAGAACUUUAUCGAGUGGUUCCAAGCUCUAGUUUAUCAGAGUUAUCGAGAAGAUGAUGACUUACUUUCACUAUCUCGUGGUCCAAGUAAGAUUGUUAAAUGUUUUACUGGAUUUGUCAUAAAUGGACAUCGAUUUCAUACAGAAAGUCGAGAUAAUUGUUUGUCAACUCAAAGUAGUGGGGUUGCAGUUGUUGGUGAUGCUGGUGAUGGUGGAGAUAUAGAUUAUUAUGGUGCUUUGGUUGAAGUUGUCGAAUUAGAGUAUCUUGGUGGAAGAAAGGUUGUUCUAUUUCGUUGUAAGUGGUGGGAUGUGCAUGGCAAAGGAAAAGAGACAACUUUGAAAGAAGACAAAUAUGGAUUUAUCAGUAUUAACUGCCGACACUUACUAAAGACGAAUGACCACUUUAUACUUGCUGGCCAAGCAUCACAAGUUUUUUAUGUUGAGGAUAUUGCCAAUGAAGGUUGGCAUGUAGUUCUUAAAGCACAACCCCGUGAUUCAUAUGAUAUGCCACCAGAUACAGAUGCAUGUAGUUCUUAA